ACUUUGUAAGAUAUUUUUUUAAUCUCCCUCCACCUGGUGAUCAGAUUUAUGCAAGAAUGGUUCUUACAACAAUUGAUUCAGCAGCCUACAAUGCAAUGCAAGCACCACAAGGAACGGAGGGAGUAGAAAUGAAAAUGGUCUCUGCAUUUGGUAAUUAUUCUUGUUCAGUAAUAGAGGUUCAAGAUAUCAUAAAGAAGGCAAAGCAAGGGCUUCUAUUAGUUGGAGCUAUUCAUAAAGAAGAUGACAUGUGGGCUGUGGCUUUACUAGCUAGACAACUUUCCUGGCCAGUUGCCGCUGACAUUCUGUCUGGGCUGCGAAUGAGGAAAGUUCUAAAUUCAUUUCCAGGAUUUGAUAAGAGUAUUUUGUUUAUAGACCAAAUAGAUCAAAUUCUACUGUCGGACUCUGUCAAAAGCUGGAUAAAUCCAGAUGUUAUUGUGCAGAUUGGAAGCCGGAUUACUAGCAAACGCAUGGAAAUGUUUCUCGAGUCCUGCUUCCCAUCUUCAUACAUCUUGAUUGAUACACAUCCGUGCCGCCAUGAUCCUUCACAUGUUGUCACUCACAGAAUCCAGACUAGUGUAGCUGACUUUGCUGCUAGUUUGUGCCAAUGUAAUUUAGAAAGGAAGACAAGCAGAUGGAAGGAUAUUUUGAUGGUUCUAAAUUCAGCGGUUUCACAGGAAAUAAUGUUUCAUGUACAUGCGGAAUUCUCGCUUACAGAACCAUAUGUUGCACAUGUAAUUGGAGAGGCACUUUAUGGUAAUGCUGCCAUGUUUGUUGGGAAUAGCAUGGUCAUUCGAGACUUGAACAUGUUUGGGAAGGGCUGGCUUGACCAUACCACCAACGGAGGUAACAUGAUGAUGCAUAAUAUUCCAGAUUUCAUUGGUGCAACAGUGUCUGGGAACCGAGGAGCAAGUGGUAUUGAUGGUUUGCUUAGCACAGCGAUCGGAUUUGCUGUUGGGUCAAACAAGCAUGUAUGCUGUGUGGUUGGUGAUGUAUCUUUUCUUCAUGAUACGAACGGAUUGUCACUUCUCAACCAAAGGGCCCAGAGGAAACCCAUGACAGUGAUUGUAAUCAACAACCAUGGUGGUGCAAUCUUCAGCCUUCUACCAGUUGCAAAAACAGCUUCGCCCCAAAUUUUGCAGAAAUACUUCUACACCUCACAUGACAUAUCGAUUUCUAAACUCUGUGAUGCACACAGAGUGAAGCAUUUUUUGGUUCAAACAAAAGCAGAACUUCAUGAUACAUUGGUGAAGACCCAUGCAGAACACCUUGAUUGUGUGGUGGAAGUAGAGAACCAGAUUGAUGAGAAUGCCAACUUUCAUAGAACUAUAAGUAUGUUCGUUGAUAAUACUGCAACCCACUAUCUGGAUUAUCUUCUCGGGGGUCUGUAUUCUAGCACUACGAGUGAUUUAGAUCGCACGUACAAUACGAAAAUUCAUGCAAUAGAGUACAUGUUGUACAGAAUCCAGCUUUCUGCACCUCGUACUUCAGGAAUUUCAGAUAGCAGUUGUUUCCAUGAAGGCUUCAUUCUGAAGCUACGUAUGGAUGACAACAUUGUAGGAUUUGGUGAGGUUGCACCAAUCGAAAUUCACCAGGAGGAUAUAAUAGAUGUUGAAGAGCAACUUAGAUUUCUGUUUCACAGAGUGAAAGAUUGUGAGCUAGAUGUUGUUCCUUUGUUGAGAGGGUCUUUCUCCAAUUGGAUAUGGACAAGCAUUGGGAUUCCUCCUUCUUCUAUAUUUCCAUGUGUCAAGUGUGGUCUGGAGAUGGCUAUUCUUAAUUUGCUGGCAUCACAGCGGAAAUGUAGAUUAUCUGAAAUUCUCACUGGUUCCAACCCCUUAGUAAGAGAUCAGAGUCUGGUGGAAUAUAAUCAGAACAGUUCUGCAGGCAUACAUAUCUGUGCACUCUUAGACUCCGACGGUACUCCGAUGGAGGUAGCACUUGCUGUGACUAAACUUGUUGAUGAAGGCUUUACCACAGUGAAACUGAAGGUUGGACGUCGUGCAAGUCCUGCUGAAGAUGCAGCUGUUAUUCAAAAAACAAGAGAGGUUGUAGGAUAUAAGAUCAAUAUCCGUGCCGAUGCAAAUGGAAAAUGGACAUACAAGCAAGCAAUUGAAUUUGGAUCCAGAGUAAAAAGCCUUUGUUUGCAAUACAUUGAGGAACCAGUGAGCUCUGUACAUGAUCUCAUCAAGUUCUGUGAAAACAGUGGUUUGCCUGUUGCUUUAGACGAGAGUAUCGACAACCUUAAGGGGGAUCCAAUCCAAAAGCUUCAUCAAUUUGUACAUCCAGGGAUAGUUGCUGUUGUUAUAAAACCCAGUGUUGUUGGCGGCUUUGAGAAUGCAGCUCAUAUAGCAAAGUGGGCUCACAUGCAUGAUAAGAUGGCUAUCAUCAGUAGUGCGUACGAGAGUUCUGUAGGUUUGGCGACCUACAUACAGUUUGCAUAUUAUGUUGACAGGCAACAUGACCUAAUCUCCAGAUUAAAGAGAUAUGAUUCAUGGGGAACUGUGGCUCAUGGGUUUGGAACAUAUCAAUGGUUAACAGAAGAUGUAUCAGAACAAAAGUUACAAAUUCUUGUUCCCCCGCUUGGUGAUGGAAUGGGAGCUUCAGUGGAAGAUGCCCAUGGCUAUCUCCACCACUUAAAUAUAAAUGAUGAGAAGAUUGAAAAAACAUAUAGUGAAGAAAAAUUAAACUCAUAUGCUAUCGAAGUCGAUGGGAAUCAUUUUUCUUAUGUAGUUAAGGUUCAAGAGGCUGGUGAUUGCACAAAUGAUAAGGUCGUUCUUUUUCUUCAUGGAUUUCUUGGCACAAGUGAGGACUGGACUCCCAUGAUGAAAGCUCUCUCUCCCAGUGCACGGGUCAUCGCCGUUGAUCUUCCUGGCCAUGGAGAGUCCCAAAUUCUGCAACGCGAUGAUGGAAAUUUCAAUCAAAUCUCUCUUACAAUUCAAUCAGUUGCAGACCUGUUGCUGAAGUUGAUAUGCGAUAUAACUGAUGGAGAGGUGGUUGUUGUUGGCUACUCAAUGGGUGCAAGGAUUGCACUCCAGAUGAUACUAAAUGAAAAUCACAAGAUUAGUGGAGCUGUUUUGAUAUCGGGGAGUCCUGGACUGAGACAUGAAGCAAGUAGAAGACGACGUACUGCUAUUGAUAAAUCACGAGCUCAAUUCCUGUUGACUUAUGGACUGGAAUGUUUUAUCAAGACAUGGUACUCUGGAAAAAUGUGGACCAGUCUAAGAGAACACCCAUAGUUUGAUUCCCUAGUGAGGACACGCAGAAAACACAGUAACAUCACAGAUCUAUCUAAGGUUCUGGCUGACUCGAGCAUAGGGAGACAAAAGUCCCUGUGGGAAGACCUGAAACACUUGGAGAAGCCUGUCCUCAUCGUUGCAGGUGAGAAGGACGUAAAAUUUAAAGAGAUAGCGGAGCGAAUGUGCAGUGAGACAAGAGAGAACGGCGAACGUGAAGCUGAUUGUCGUAGCAAUCAGGAGCUAUGUGAAAUGAUCGUUGUCCCGGAGAGUGGCCAUGCUGUGCAUGUUGAGAACCCUCUCCCCUUAGUUAGAGCCGUGAGGAAGUUCUUGGUAAGGCUACACCAGCCUUGACGAUUUAGUAUCCGUGGAUUACAAAGCAAUAGACUGUGAGAAAUUUUUGAACUACCAGCUUGGCAGGCUGAGUGGUCGGAUUAUAUUUGUGGGCUAUAAAUGUUGCCGGAAGUAAGGGGUUUUCUCUGUGUCUCAGUCUGCCGUUGCGUAGGGGUUGUAAGUUUGUCACUCGGUUGUUGGUGGCAGCCCGUGCUAAGCUUCGUACCUUGUAUU